CCGGAAGUCACAUACAGCUGAGAAAAUCGAUACGUAGCUCUAGCAUAUCCGGUUUCCAUAAUUUCUUGGUGAGAAAUAUAGUAGCCCAUAAUGGCACCAAGGAAGGGAAAAGUCCAGCAGGAACAAGUUCAAGUGUCACUGGGACCACAGCUCCGGGAAGGAGAGAUAGUUUUUGGAGUGGCACACAUUUUUGCCAGUUUCAAUGACACAUUCGUUCACGUUACCGAUUUGUCUGGGAGAGAAACCAUUGCACGAGUGACUGGUGGCAUGAAGGUGAAAGCUGACAGAGAUGAGGCAUCACCCUACGCUGCUAUGUUGGCUGCGCAAGACGUUGCAGAGAAAUGUAAAUCUCUGGGAAUCACUGCUCUACACAUCAAGCUGCGAGCUACUGGAGGCAACAAAACCAAAACUCCAGGCCCAGGAGCUCAGUCAGCCCUCCGGGCACUGGCACGUUCUGCCAUGAAGAUUGGCCGUAUUGAAGAUGUGACUCCAAUUCCCUCUGAUUCAACAAGAAGGAAGGGAGGACGACGUGGUCGCAGGUUGUAAGCGGCAGAACCUGUUGUGAUCACUCGUGACUGUUUAAAAUUUGUAUAUCAUUACAAAAAUAAAAAUAUCUUGAUAAAUUC